AGUCUGGUGUUGAUGUGUGUGUGUAUGUGUGUGUGUAUUGGUGUGUAUUCAUUUCACGAUUGCCAGCUGGGCGGCUCCGAAUAUUAGAAGCUACGACAAGAUUUUUCAGAGUAAUUGCAGUGUAACCAGUGUUCCAGUGCAGUAUCCCAGUCGCCACACUUGUUUCGUCAACCCCCGUUUCGUCUUCACCAUUCCUUGAAGAGAGGCGAGGAGCAGGCGCGGGCGCGAGAGUGCCCUAUGUGGCUGACCCCGUGCCCACGACCAUGAAAGUGGACGCCGACGCCCGAGAGCCCGCCGCGCCGCUGGCGGCGCCGGGGACGCCGACCGCUAGUAAUACUGAAUCGCCUGUGUCAUCCCUGGACGACUGCCGGUCGGUGCAGGAACCUGAGACGAUCCCGACGCCCGCCCGGGCGCUACUAGCCAAGCUGGAGGAAGAAAACCGGCGCAUUGAGGCAGACGCGAAGAGCGCCUCCCUCCCCACGGUCCAUAGUCGGAAAAGUUCCGACACUUCACAGAUAUCGCUGUUAUCGGCGACGAGUUCGAGUCAUGAGGUGGAGCCGAGGGCAAGCUGCAGUAGCAGCAGCAGCAGCAACGGGACCGGCGAGGAGGACCUCUGGGGUCUGUGGGGCCGUAUAGUCAGUAAUUGGGAGACCGAGUGGAAGCGGCGCAACCAGUUCGUCCGGGACCUGGUUCGCCAGGGGGUGCCACACCACUUCCGCGGCAUCGUGUGGCAACUCCUGGCCGGUGUCGACUCGUCCCCGGAGAAAAAGCUUUACGCGACGUAUAUUAAAGCCAAGUCUGCUUGUGAGAAGGUGAUACGUCGCGAUAUCGCGCGUACAUACCCCGAGCAUGAUUUCUUCAAAGAAAAAGACGGACUGGGCCAGGAGUCUUUGUUUAACGUCAUGAAAGCGUACUCGCUCCACGACCGGGAGGUCGGAUAUUGCCAAGGGUCCGGAUUUAUUGUCGGGCUUCUCCUUAUGCAAAUGCCCGAAGAAGAAGCGUUCGCUGUUUUAGUGAACAUAAUGCAACAGCAUAGAAUGCGCGACAUGUUUAAACCCAGCAUGGCAGAACUAGGCCUUUGCAUGUUCCAGCUUGAGAAAUUAGUUCAGGAGUUGCUUCCAGAGUUGAACGCACAUUUUACGGCUCAGAGCUUUACUACUUCAAUAUACGCAAGCAGCUGGUUCCUUACCUUGUUUACUACAACAUUGUCCUUACCACUGGCAUGUAGGAUCAUGGAUGUCUUCUUAUCUGAGGGCAUUGAGAUAGUUUUUAAGGUCGCACUAGCUAUGUUAACUCUUGGCGAAUCACACAUGUUGUCUUUGGACAUGGAAAAUAUAUUAAAGUUUAUUCAAAAAGAGUUGCCCGCGAAAGCGGAAGCAGACCAAGACGCAUUCAUGGAUCUGGCUUAUUCAAUCAAAGUUAACCAAAAGAAAAUGAAAAAGUAUGAAAAGGAGUAUACGGUGAUAAAGACGAAAGAACAGGGUGACAUGGCAGUAUUAAGAUGUCUCCGGCAAGAAAACAGGCUGUUGAAGCAGCGCGUUGAGUUGCUGGAGAAGGAAAGUUCAUCUUUAGCGGAGCGGCUGGUCCGAGGACAAGUGGACCGCGCGGAGGGCGAGGAGGAGACGUUCGCGCUNUUUUUUUAUAGAAGAAACAUUCUAUUCUACAAGUUAUUCAAUUUCAAAUUGCAUUAUGAAUACUACGGUUGUAUCUUUUCAAAGAAAAUUUACGUUUCGUAACAGAACAACUCGCGUCAGUCUUCGCUGGAGGGCACCGAGGGCAACAGCGCCAAGGGCGAGGAGUUGGCGCGGUGCCUGCAGCGUGAGCUGGUCCGCGCCCGCCUGGACGCGGCCGAGCGGGAGGCGACCGAGCGGGAGUUGCUCUCGCGGAUCGCCGAACUCGAGAGCGAGCACAAAAGCUUGCGCCGGCAGCACGUCGACAACAAUGUCGCGCACCUCCAGGACGAGCUGAUCGCUGUAAAACUGCGAGAGGCUGAAGCAAACCUCUCACUGAAAGAACUACGCCAACGUGUCACUGAGAUAUCCGAAACGUGGCAAAGAUAUCUUCAGGAGCACCGGCAAGAAGCGCCUCCUCCGCCAGCGCAGUCUAAUGUGGUCUCAGACAUAAUGGCCACUCCGAAAAAGUUGUUACGAGCAUGGGAAGGACGUUCGGCUGAUGCUCAAAAGUUAGAUGAGGAACUCAUGAACACCAGAAUUAGAGAGGUGGAAGCUUUAACAGAACUAAAGGAACUUAGAUUAAAGGUGAUGGAGCUGGAGACCCAGGUGCAGGUGUCGACGAACCAGCUCCGGCGGCAGGACGAGGAGGCUCGCCAGCUCCGCGAAAGCCUGGAGGCGGCUCUGCUGCGCGAGCGCACCCUCCAGUCGCGCCAGAGAGAAUACCAGCAUAAGUUCGCCGACCUGGAAAGCAAGGCCAAGUACGAUUCUAUGCAAGCCAACAUUAGAAAUAUGGAAGACGCUCAAAGAAUAGCAGAACUCGAGACGGAGGUUUCAGAAUAUAAACUAAAAAACGAAGUGAUGGCCACUGAAGGCGAGCUUCGUAACAACAACAUGGACGACUCGGACAAAGUUCGCGAGCUGCAGGAACAAGUCGCUGAACUCAAAGCCGAGGUGAUGAGGCUAGAAGCGUGGCGCGCGCGCGCUCAGGGUCACCCGGAGCUGAUCCGGGCCAUCUCCGUGGAGGAGGACCUGGAGGAGGACGACAAGCUGAAGCUGAUCCUCCGGCGCGAGUCCUCCGCGUCGCUGGACCUCCCCCCGACCUCGCGCAAACCCGCGUAGCGCUCGCCUCGCACCCGCUUGACAUACGCUACUUGAUAGCCGACUCACACGAUUGUGACCGAAUGAAGUGUCUCUAUCCCAACUGAUUCUGAAAAAUAUCCAACAGAAUGUGCGUACUUACACACGAAUGCAGCUACUAGCGUCAAGGUCAGUUGAAAGUAUAUUGCAUGAGCCCUAUUUUUGCCGAUAUUGGUCUCGCAGAGAGGUGAUCUCAAUCGGACUAUUUACAAACCGAUCCCACUGGUGAUUUGCUUCACGGAGUCUUCCGAUUUUGUUUGUACGAAUACUAAUGACACCAUUUAUCCUACUCUUCCAUUAGCCCCUAAAGUAAUGUCAUAUUACUCUCCUCCUCCUCCUACUUAACUACCUCCUGUUUCUUUACUAACUAUUAUUUUGUAUGUGGUACAGACAGCGUGUUCGUUACAGCCAAAGUGGCAAAAAGUUGACAACACAACCUUAUUCGAUUGAUAAAGACGUGUUGAGUAGGUACUUAUUGACUAAUUUGGGUGUCACGAACUAUUUGACGCUGACUGUACUACAUUCUGAUGUCGUCAUUAGCUAAAACAUACACGUAAACUGCAAAAUAACUAAAAUACGGUGAUAAUAGGUCCUGAAGCACUGCUGGCAGUGAUAAAGCUAAUCACAGUACCUAGUAGGUACCUACAGAGAUUUUACGUCAAGCAGUUUCACUAAAACUGAAGUAUCGCUUUUCCUACAUAUUUGCGCAAUAAAGCCUGAAUUCAAAGAGAUAUUUUGAACAGUCGCCUAAUUUUCAAAAAUGGUUCUAGAUAUUCAAAUGAUUUUUCGGAACUUGUCGGCUAUCAACAAUUUUUUACUUAUCAUUACCUAUAUAUUGUGCAUGUUAAGUAUUAAUUUAGAACAUUAUGCCUUCAUUCGGUUGUAAAGCUUUUGUGUCCUAAUUUAAUAGAAAAAAAAAGUUUGUUAUAAACAGAUAAACUGGCGAUGCUGAAAUUGAAGGAAUUCUCUUUCUCGUACACAACAAUUCUAACUUAUAUUUAAAACAGAGAAAGAUCUCCAUAAAUCAGAUAAGUGUUGUCGGAAUGCAUGUAUUAUUAUUUUUAUAUUACCUUGACAUUAAAAUAUAAUCUAGGUUUUUACGUUUACAAUGAAAAUAAAUGAUUUAUUGAUACUUUGUGAUGUCAAUUUAUGAAAUAGGUAGUUCAUAAAAUGGUUAGGCACGUAUCCAGAAAAAGGCGAAAAAACUCAACUUUGUAGCUAUUAGUAUUUAUCUUUAAACCAUAGAAUUUAUAGGUUGAGAUGCAAUAAUCAAAACAUGCUUUAAUUCAAUAGCGUUUGAUGAAGUAACUCGUGAUGCCAACUAACCAUUACCCUUAGAAUAAUGAAAUUUUUAUAAUAUGGUUGUAGUUGAAAUAUACAGUAGUGUUAAUAUUUCGUACAUUAAAAUUUGAACUUUUGAAUGACAAUUAGUAGCGAUUGGGUAUCCGUAUAUAACUUUAGGUAACAAUUAAAUCAUGAUAGUGGUAUAACCAUUUAUUUAUAUCUAGAUGAGACAUGCCAAAUCGAUCAUUUUGAUCUCAAACGCCAGCACUUCCAACUGAUUUUGUUGAAGUUUCCUACAGUGUUAGGGACCGGAGUCGGACUCCCGAUACUUUACAAACGUGUUGUAUGUUAAAUUUUAUCGUUAAAAACCAUACAAAGGGCGGUCGCACCCCUCACCCCUCUGAAUGAACCCUUUGAAAUUUUAUUUUUGCUUAUUUUUACGAGUUUCUCCCUGUAAAUAUAGCAUAAAUGUUGUCUACGUACAUCACUCCCAGCGCCGCAGUCGGUAACGGUUUUAAAACAUCAAAUCAAACAAAUUAACUGACUACCCACUCUACCCAUACUUAAGUUGUAGUGAGUGAAAGCUGGUGAGAUUACUCACAAAUUAUAAAAUUAUCUUUUGGCGAAACAGUGUGCUUUAUAAAUACGCACCAUUGAAGCCAUUAAACAGAAUAAUAAUAAUAAAAUUCUCAAGCCUUAUACAAUAAUCAAAAUAAAUGGCAGGAAAGGGCGGCAAAUCUACUGCUACGGCUAAACAACAAUUAAAAAAAAAAGAAGAAUGGUAAAGUACAACAAUGUAAUUCGUAGCAUUUUUUUAUCUUGAUUAACACUUACCAAUACUAAACUUUCUGCAGAUGUUCAACAGAAGAGUAUUCAAAAGGGAAAAGGCUAGGCAGAGUCUUAGCUCAAGAGCAAGACUCAAACUGCCAAUAAGCCGCGUGGACAAGUUGAUUCGGAAAUUAGUUCCGCAACAUUCAAAUUUAAUUCAAAUUCAAUUUAAUCAAAGGGUUUUGUUGAUUAUAUUUUAAUUUCUUAACAAAUUCCAUUUUAAAUUCUAGGACAUUUCAACUGCUUUAAAAUAAGGUCACCUUUGUGUAUGUAGACAAGAUAAAAACAUAAAUCAAUGAGUUUCAUUCAUUAAACCUUUAAAAAAUUAGACAAAAUAAAAUUUUACAUACAAUACAACAGGUUGAUAAAGUAUCAGAAGUCCGAUCCCUAACACACUAUAAAAUAUUUUCGUUAAUAUAUUGGACUUAUGUAAUUGAAGACUUAUUUUUAAAAACCAUAACUUUUUAAUGCUAACAAUAACGCCACAUACGAGAUACGUUGCGUAAUGCAAGCAUGAGAAUGUAAUUACUGGACAUUCCAUUAUAUUAGAAAUAAUUAUUUAACAAGAAUUUAAUAGUUAUUCUAUUAUUCCAAAAAGCUAUUAUAAUUUACGCUUUUAGGUGAUUCAGAUAUAAUGGCAAUAAAGAAAGAGUACUUAUUUAAUUGUUUUAGUAAAGCUAAGAUUGUGUGUUUUUAUGACUUAAUUUAUUAUUAUAUUAAAUACUCAUUGUGUAUCGAUAUAAAAUUCUAUACACCUUUUGGUCAUAUUUGUUCCCACUUGUUCUAUUGAUCAGCUCUUUGGUAUAAGUACUCAAUAGAACAUGCAGGAACAAAUGUUUUAUAAGAGUUCAUUAAGAAAUUGAGUAACUAUUCUGUGAUAUUGAACUGAAUAGGCACUGACUUUCAUGGACUGAAUAAUAAAAUAAUUUCCUAUGACUUACCACUUCAUUUUUCUUUAUGUUUAUAUUCAUAUUAUCGUGCAGUACUACGCUAUUUUUACUAAACACGCUCAGUGGUAGCUAAUCAGAAAUGUAAAUAAAUAGAUGUCAAUUUAUAAAAGCCACUAAACUUCCGCUAUAUGGUAUUUACAAAACCGCAGUCAAUUUGUGAAAUACUAAAAGUCCGAAUAUAGUGUUAAUUGAACAAGAGUUGAUAGUUAAGACUUUACAAUCGCAUACGAAAAUAAUUAGCUGUUAUGUUAUAGAUUAACUUGGCAGCUUUUUGUACCGACUUUCAUAUUUAUUAUUAUUGUUGUAACUGAAAAAUAUUUGUAUUCGUUUACUUUCUAUACAGUAUGUCUUCAUAAACUGGUGCAUAUAUAAAAAUGGAUGAAACAUUUUUAGAGAAGAAAAAAAAUGACAAAAAAUCUUAUAAUUUAUUUUCAUUUUUAUAUAGAUUUAUUUUUCUUUAAAUUACCUUCUGUUGACUUUAUUAAGAAAACGUUAUAACUUUUGAUACUAAUAAUACCUCUUAAUUCAAAAGCUAUAAAGUUUUCUU